CCGUAGUAAGUCUUUAAGUGAAAAACGUGAAUUAUAGUACCAUUAUAAUAAGAUAAAUAAAGAUACGCAUAAGAAAAAACAGAGAUUCAUCAUAAUGUUCCGACGCAUCGUGCGUGUGUCUCUUUGCUAUAGUACGAUAUACAUCAACCACCGGUGUGUAACCGUUAAUGAGGAAACGCGUGAAUUGUUAACUAAAAAUUUGACAGCUGUCAGAGAAGAAUGUAAGGGACAGGGACUUGAUUUAGCAGACAUGAGUGAUGCUACCAAAGCGACUUCACGCGCUUUACAUGAAUGUAUAUCAGUGUCGAACGUGCAGGAUGCAGCCUUUAAGGAGAUGGUAGAGUCCAUUUCGGCAUCGCUUAAGGUCUACAAUAACAGGUUAAAUAAUGUAAAAAAUGAGGCGUGGUCGGUCCAAACGAAAGUGGAUACGUUGAUUAAGCUGUUAUGGGGUACUGAGAAUCCACAGGGGGACAGCUUUGCAGCGCAGCCUCCUCUGGAUGACCUAUCCACAGUUCCGAAAGAACCCCCAAGAAAUGGCGAGCCAUCAGACAUCGAAGUAAAGGGCUCUCCAGAAAGUGAAGUGCUUCACAACGUAUCGUGUGAUAGGGCUCCAUUCGAUGAAAAGGUAAAUGUAGAGCAUGUAGUUGGAGAGAGAGUGGAUGGCAAAUGGAAUAAGAGGUCCCAAGAGGAAAGUGACAGGAAAGAUGAAGAGAUUGAAGUCGAAACCAUUGAAGUGGAGCUAGAAUCUCAUUUCAAUAACUCGAUUGGCAAGAAAACAAUCAUAGAUAUCACUAAAGAACUUUAUGAGCGCGGUGUUGAUUUCUCAGACUGCCUCGAUGCUAAUUCUCUUCGUCAGCGCUAUGACGAUGUCCUCAAUGGGAAGAUUUGCACCCAGAAAACUUUUUCUUCGUCGACCUCAACCACAGGCAACUCUUACGCAGAACCUUUCGCUACCAAUACUGAUCAGCCCCAAGUGCCUUCACGGCCUCAAUACAGCGAAGAUCAAUCCUACAUUCCCCCACUGCCCAACACAGAGACGACGGGGCUGGCCCACGAUCCAUACCCCAAUGCCAUGCGGAAGAUGGUGGACGCGAUGAAGUUUGUGUGGCAAAUCAAGCAGGAGCUAGCUGCCGAGAAGGGUAUAAAUCCAAGCAGCGUGGAUUUAUGGAGUGGUAAGGUGAAGCUGGAGGAUCACAAGCGGCUUUAUGACUAUCCCACUGCGCAGAGUCACCCGAUUGAAGUGCGCCACAAGGGUGAUAUGCCACUCUAA